AUCGAAUUCUUUUACAUUAUUGGUCGAUUUUGUAAGAAACUCCGAUCACUAGCUUCUAUAAAUAAAAAAGAAAGUCUUCACAAUCGUUUGCAUGACAAGUGUUUGAUGAAAUGCCAACGAUGAAUAAUCUGUUGAUAGUGUUUUUCUUGUUGAUUUCCAAUGGUUUUGUUUAUAGAACUUGUGAUGCUUCUUCAUCUUACUCUCGUCUCAUAAGCAGUGGCCUUGAACACCAUCCCCGUGCUCCCAUCGGUGAACAACCACUCGCCAAGAUCGCCAUUCACAAAGCUGUUAUUGCUCUCCAUAAAUCGGCUUCCAUUCGUGCUAACCCCUUUCUUAUGGGGUUGCAGGGUCAGGAUACUGAAUGGAUCAAUGUGAACUUUGAGUACCCUGAACCAUCUAAUGAUGACUGGGUUGGAGUCUUUUCACCAGCAAAGUUCAAUGCUUCAGAUUGUGAAUCAGAAUCUGGUAACUGGCCAGAGGUUCCAUACUUAUGUACAGCCCCAAUAAAGUACAUGUUUGCAAACCACUCCACUGCCAAUUAUGUUCAAACAGGAAAAGCUUCGCUGAGGUUCCAGAUCAUUAAUCAGCGUUCAGACUUCGCAUUUGCAUUGUUUACAGGCGGAUUGGAAAAUCCAAAGUUGGUGGCUGUUUCAGAUCCUAUAUCGUUUGCAAAUCCUAAGGCCCCUCUGUAUCCUCGUCUUGCGCAUGGGAAGGCUUGGAAUGAGAUGACUGUAACCUGGACCAGUGGCUACAACAUUGAUGAAGCCACACCACUUGUUGAAUGGGGUUGGAAGGGACAAACCAAGCAGCUUUCUCCAGCAGGAACAUUGACCUUUACUCGUGGCAGCAUGUGCGGUCCACCUGCACGCACAGUUGGAUGGCGUGAUCCUGGUUUCAUCCACACUAGUUUCUUAAAGGAAUUGUGGCCAAACACCAUAUACGAGUACAGAAUGGGGCAUUGGCUGUUGAAUGGAUCGACCGUUUGGAGUAAAACCUAUUCAUUCAAAUCAUCGCCAUAUCCAGGACAGGACUCACUGCAACGUGUUAUCAUAUUUGGAGAUAUGGGAAAGGCGGAACGUGAUGGCUCAAAUGAGUAUGCCAAUUAUCAGCCAGGAUCCCUCAUCACUACAGACCAGUUAGUGAGUGACCUUGACAACUAUGAUAUAGUAUUCCAUAUAGGAGAUUUGCCAUAUGCAAAUGGAUUUCUUUCACAAUGGGAUCAGUUCACAGCACAAGUCCAAGCCAUUUCUUCCACAAAGCCAUAUAUGAUUGCAAGUGGCAACCAUGAACGUGAUUUCCCUAAUUCUGGAUCAUUCUAUGACACUCCUGAUUCAGGUGGGGAGUGUGGUGUGCCCGCUGAGACCAUGUACUAUGUUCCUGCAGACAACAGAGCUAAGUUCUGGUACUCAACAGAUUAUGGCAUGUUUCACUUCUGCAUAGCAGAUUCAGAGCAUGACUGGAGAGAAGAUUCAGAACAGUAUGCAUGGAUAGAGAAAUGCCUUGCAUCAGCUGACAGACAAAAACAGCCAUGGCUGAUCUUUGCUGCUCAUCGUGUUCUUGGAUAUUCUUCUAAUAGUUGGUUAGCCAACGAGGGCGCCUUUGAAGAGCCCAUGGGACGAGCACACUUGCAGAAGCUAUGGCAGAAAUACAAGGUGGACAUCGCAUUCUACGGCCAUGUCCAUAAUUAUGAGAGGACUUGUCCUAUAUACCAGAACCAAUGUGUCAACCCGGAAAUAUCUCACUACUCUGGUACUGUAAACGGGACAAUUCAUGUUGUCGUGGGUGGCGGAGGUAGCCAUUUGUCAGAUUUCACCGAGAUCAAUACAUUUUGGAGUCUGUAUAAAGACCAAGAUUGGGGAUUUGUGAAACUAACGGCAUUUAACCACUCUUCGCUUCUUUUCGAGUACAAGAAAAGCAGCGAUGGGCUUGUGUACGAUAACUUCACCAUCUCAAGGGACUACAAAGAUGUGUUGGCAUGUGUACAUGAUGGUUGUGCACCUACCACAUUGGCAACUUAGUAAAUGGUGUGUUAGAACUUUCAGCAACGAUCACAUAAAUUCUACGAUCUAGUAGUUAUCCCACAUAUGUUUUCACUUUGUGUGUGUAUUCGAUGCUUGUUGCUGAAAAUUUGUAGAAUAAAUCUGUCAGCUGACGGUACGUUUCGUGUUAACAAUGUAUAUGCUUACGUGCUAUUUGACUCUAGUGCGAAUACGAGUUUCGUGUCUUCCUACUUGUCGUC